AUGUCUGGAGAUCUCCGACUUCUCAGUCUCGAUGGAGGAGGCGUACGUGGUCUGGCAUCACUGUAUAUGCUAAGGAAGAUACUAUCCUUGGUUGGCAGCCCAAAGCCAUGUGUCUAUUUUGACAUGAUCUGCGGAACAAGCACAGGAGGUUUGAUUGCUAUCAUGCUCGGUCGACUGGAGAUGUCUGUCGAUCAGUGCAUUGAGGCGUACACCGAACUGAUGGACGUCGUCUUCGAUCCGAAAGACAGAAAACUGCCUUUCAAAAUUCGGAAUGGUAAAGUUCAGCCUCGGUACAAGACGAAACACAUGGAGAAAGCGAUCAAGCAGGUGAUCUCCAAAGCUGGCUACGAGAAAGCCGGCGAGCAAUCCAACUUUUACAACGAAGUCAAGAUCUGGGAGGUAGCUCGUGCUACAUCGGCUGCCACAUCGUUCUUUGCGCCAAUGGACAUCACACACGCUGGUGCGCCCAGACGAUUCCUUGACGCAGGUAUCGGAUCCAACAAUCCCAUCGACGAACUAUAUCUCGAAGCGAUGUCGCUGUUCGACAAAUCUGAAGAAGAGUUUGACAAGCAGAUCCGAGUACUGGUAUCGAUCGGUACCGGUAGGCCAGCAUUGCACGGGUUCGGCGAGAAGGUUACCGAGGUUGCGAAGAGUAUUGCUUCGAUUGCGACAGAGACUCAGACCACGGCGAACAAAUUUCAUCUGACGCACAAGAAGUUGGCGAGCCGGGGCGGAUACUUCAGGUUCAACCCUCCUGACCUCUCCGAAGUGGCGAUUGACGAGGCGAGCAAGAAAGGCAUCAUCGCGGAGCGGACUGAGGCGUUUAGCAACGAUGCGCAGACCAUAGAAAUGGUAGAGCGCUGGGAGAACGUGGCAGGAACUGAGAAAAAACCAGUCAUAUCGCCAACUCCAUCUGCAACACACGUCAAGCCUGCUGUGACAAAAUUGUUCUAUUCAUUGUACAAAGGGCCCAAGUACAUCAAAGAAUAUGCGCCAUCGUACUGGCAGCAUCUAACGCUGGACUCAUACUACGUGUACGAAAAGAUAUACGACAGAUGCGAUCCCCAAGACAAAAAGGUUACUUUCAGCGCUUUCUUCGAGCAGUUCGGCCCCGAUCCAAAGCCAUCAAACAAGCAGGUCUUCGAAGCCUGGGCGCGCCUUCUCCGAGACAAGCGCGACGUGCGCAACAGCAUACAUCGGAAACCAUUCGUGAUGGCGAUCUUGUACAUGCUCCACGUCGAGUCUAGUCUUGACAUCGCCAAAAUGACAGACGUAGACCCUAAUCGACGCGAGAUGCUAAAGCGGUUCUCGAAAUGGGUGCCGUGCAAGUGUGAUGCACGUUGCGGCCGCGAGUGGAAUUUUGUCAACGAGGUUGGGCUGUCGCGCGGCGGAAAUGGUGGCGAUGAAUGUAAUCUUCUGGGGUUGUUCGAUGAUAGCAAGUGGAAGUUGGUGUUCAAGACCGAUAAAGUGCGGAAACUAGAUGCGACCAGGAAGGCAUGGGAAGCUUCUAUGUGA